AUGGCCGCCUCCUUGCUUCAUCCCACCCCUCAUUUUUUACCAAAACCUCCCUCGUUUUCAACCCUCCCUUCUCCCAGGCCCUCCUCUUCCUCUAAAUGCAUCCCCAUCGCUCGAUCCGCCACCCGCACCGCCAGAACCCUACACGUGUCAUCCACCGAUUGGCCCUUCGAGCAGCGAAUGCAAGAAGCACUCCACGUUCUGGACCUCAUGGAAACCCAAGGCAUGUCCCCGGACCCUUCCCUGUUCUGCAUUCUCCUCCGGAGCUGUGCUGACGUGGAAGAUAUUGAAGUCGGCAAGAUGAUCCAUCAGAGAAUCUUAGAAUCCAAACUACAGAACGACGUCUUUGUCGCGAACAAUCUCAUCAAAAUGUAUGCGAAGUGCGGGUGUUUGGAAACCGCUCGCCAGCUGUUCGACGAAAUGCCCCAGAGGAAUAUCGUCUCUUGGACCAGCAUAAUAUCCGUGUAUAGCCAAUCGGGUUUCCCAGAUGAAGCGCUUCGGUUGUACGGUAUGAUGAAAUCAGCCGGGGAAAUCAAGCCUAAUGCCUUUACUUAUACCAUUGCGUUGAAUUCUUGUGCAAAGACGGGUAAUCUGAAGAUGGGUGUUGAAAUUCAUGAGGAUAUUUUGAGGGACGGAUGUGAAUCCGAUGGUUUUGUUUCAACUGCACUGAUUGAUAUGUAUGCAAAGUGCGGGCGAAUUGACGAUGCACAUGAUGUGUUUUAUAAAAUGAGUGAACCAUCAGUUGCGAGUUUUACUGCAAUGAUAGAAGGUUACAAUGCGAAUAAUCGAUCUAAGGAGGCAAUGGAUCUUAUUCGAAAGAUCCUGCAACUGGACAUGGGUAUGGAGAUUGCGAAGGAGUUAGGUUUUUCUUCUAUGAUUAGGUCUUGUAUUUUGGAAAUGGCACUCAAGCAGGGGCAGGAGAUCCAUGCUCAUAUGAUUAAAUCCGGGUACAAGCCAGGGGCACGAACGAUAAGUGCUCUUAUAGUGUUGUAUGAAAAAUGUGACAGGAUGGCGAUUGCUCGCCAUCUCUUCGAUGGGUUGUUAGGGAAGGAUGUGAGUUUGUGGGGUAGAAUGAUCUUGGGAUACGUGAGGAACUGGUUGCAUCAAGAGGCUUUGGAGCUUUACUGUGAGAUGGUGACUGUAGAUGUUGAGCCUAGUCCUUUUGUGCUUUCUCAGGUUCUUAAAGCUUGCAUGGCAAUAUUGGGUCUGGAAGAAGGGAAAGUGAUACAUGGUCGAAUGAUCAAAGCAGGUUAUGGUCUAUCCGAUUCAUCGAUGAUUGCUAGCCUUAUGAAGCUGUAUAGUAGGUGUGGAGAACUUGAAGAAGCUAAUAGGAUGAAGAAAUGCUAG